AUGGCCAUGGAAAACGCACCCAUGAAAAAUUGGGAACUCACUUUGUAUGAAAUGCAACGCAAGCCGCAGGAACCAGUCACUGAUGGUACUAAAAUAGCCGUUAGUCCUCGUAGUCUUCAGUCGGAGCUGAUGUGUCCCAUUUGCCUCGAUAUCCUCAAAGUCACCAUGACUACCAAAGAAUGCCUCCACCGAUUUUGCUCGGACUGCAUUGUCACUGCUUUAAGAAACGGCAAUAAGGAGUGUCCAACGUGCCGAAAAAAACUGGUGUCAAAACGCUCUCUUCGACGUGAUCCCAAUUUUGAUGCACUCAUUGCAAAAAUCUAUCCUGAUCGAGAGGAGUACGAAGCGCAUCAGAAUAGAGUUCUGGCCAAGUUGAAUAAACAACAGUUUAACGGGAGAGCAUCCUUGCACGAAAGUGGUCAAUCACUUCACAGCUCCAAUGAUAUCGAUUCUGCACGGUAUCGAAAUCGACGAUCCACUGGAAAUAAUGGAUUCGCAACGGCCGACUCCGUUAUUAGUGAAGAUGAUGCCGCUUCAAUAACGGGCAGCCUGAAUCAACGAGCGUCGCGAGUCAAUUCAGACGCAGAAAGCGGAACAAUUGAGACCACAUCAGUGGGUGGAGCAAGUUCUGUCGACUUUGGGCACCCACACCAACAGUCCCAUAACCAGCGGACGCGUACUUCCAGUAACAACGCCACUCCCACCUCAACCACCACCGUGAUCCCCGAGGUCGAGUUGAUGCUCCGUCCCUUGCCACCGCAGCAUCGGAGAGGCAUCAUCCCUACCUCCUUCGCUGUCUCCCUUGACGGCACCGGGGUGGAGUGUCAUGGCAACCAGACUAAAUCAGAAGAUGGGGGACACGGCACCGCUGCCUCCAGUCCCCAUGGAACCACCUCCGAAAUGGGCUCGGAGGAAUCACUGUUGGCUCCCGCAGUCAAGUACAUAAAGGUGCCAUCGAACGCCACAGUUGACCACUUGGGAAGGUUCUUGUCGAUUCGUUUUAAUCUGCAACGAGUGCACAAAGAUGUUAUGGAAAAUGACCCGUAUUUCACCCUCUUUUACUAUAAUGAGGCCUCGGGCGAGUAUGUUCACCUACAGCCAAGUAUGACAAUAGAUGAAAUCAGUCGAAAUUACUGGAGUGGACUGAAUAGUCUGAGCCUCUACUACGUCCGAGAACAAUCCCAACACCACCCGUAA